UAGUUUUUGCCUUCAACCGUCUUUUUCUUUAUCUUCUUGUUAUCAUUAUUACUGUUUUCUUUUCUUUUACAUCUUCUUGUUAGGAAAGCAUAAACUCCUUAUCUGAAACAAGGCUUUAGAAUGUCGCUGUUGUUCCUCUCAAGUGGUGGCCCUUUUUUUCCCCCUUUUAUUUUUUCCGCGCAUGAUUCCUCGAACCCAUCUGCUCUAAUACUCGUCCCAAAGACAUUUUCUUUACACCCCUCCAAUUUUAAUAUGGAUGGUCCGCAUCAGAAGUAGGGAUGGCCUGCAAGAUAUUAGAAAUUCGCUAGCUUUUGCUCCAGUCUUGGGAUUCAAAUUUUGCAUUCUUUUUUUUUUAACAGCUUUCUACUGUUCGAUGUUGCCUGUUUCAUUUCAUGUAGAUUAACCAUCCUAGCUGAAUCUUGUGUUCAUUUUUAUUGGUUUAUACUUUAAACCACAAUUCGGUGUUUCCUUGUCACGAUUUACCUCUGAAAUAUUGGCUUCCACUGUUUCGUUCUUUCUUGUGCACUCAAACCUCUCUAACUUUGUGAUUCUCAUUCCAACUGCUCUUGUAUCCAGGUAAAUUAACUGCGCGGCCAGGAGGAGUCAACAUGGGACUGCAUCAAAAGUCUACCAGAACAACGGCAACAAAGGAUUUUCUGGGGGUACUUCCAGAUGGAAUUCUGUCCAAAAUCAUCUCGAGGCUUACGCUAAAAGAGGCAGUAAGGACUAGUAUCUUGUCGAAAAGUUGGAGAGCCAUUUGGACUAGUCACCCCUGCCUAUUGUUUGAUUCGGCCAGCAUACUCGGGAACAAAAUUCAUUCCAAAAGCAUGUCCUGCUGUUUUGGUGAACCUGACAGGCAGUUGCAAAGGCUUCACUUUGUGGAAAAGGUUGAUCACCUUAUGCAUCAGCGUCGAAGAGGUCUGAGGAUAGACUCUUUAGCCAUACACUUCCACUUAGGUAAAGAGUUCGCUUCUCACAUCAGUGAGUGGAUUGAAUGCGCAUUUGCUAAGGGAGCUGAGAUCAUUGACCUUGAUCUGUCCGAAUCAUGUAGUUUUAAAGUAGAUAACGUGCCCCUAGCUGAAUUCGAGCGUUAUACAUUUUCCUGCUCGCUUCUUGCAUCCCCUAAUGUUAGAUGUACUCUAAAGCAUCUCCGACUGACCUGCUGUAAUUUUGAUUCUGUUCCCACUCCUGGCAGCCUGGCCUCUCUGACCACCGCUGAACUACGGGACGUUAAUAUCAGUGAUCAGCAACUAGAGAAUUUCUUGUUGACCUGUUUACGUCUUGAAAAUUUGAGUUUGCUUGCCUGCACCAACCUUGUGAAACUUAAAUUCUCCUGUCCAAAAUUUCGUCUUAAGAUUCUAAGCAUACAGAAUUGCCCUAGAUUAGACAGCAUUGAACUUGGUCCGGAGAGUCUUACCACAUUUGAAUAUACCGGUGAAUUAGCCACUUUUUCCUUCAAAUAUGCCCCAAGGUUAACAGAUAUGUAUCUGAGUUUCACGGGUCAUAACAGACAAGAUGGUGUGAGCUCUGCACUCUCGAGGUUUGCUUGUGAUAUACCUCACUUGCGGACUUUAAAUCUGGUCUCAGUACUGGGCAUGAAGACACCAGAGCUGCCAGACAAGGUGCUAAACUUUACUAAUGUCCAGGAGCUAAUCCUUACGGUUUUUCCUUUCCACGAUGAAGACAAAUUUGAUUGGAUUAUUUAUGUGCUGAAGACCUUCACUUCGUUGCGCAGUCUCCAACUCAAUUUGUUUUCUCCAAGCUACAUCAGAAAAUCAAAUAUUUCACCAAGGCAGCUUCCUGAAUGCACUCAUAGGCACCUGACUAAGUUGGAAAUAAAUGGAUUCUAUGGUAGUCCGCAUGAAAUUGAGCUGCUGGAAUACCUGCUUGACAAUUUGGUUGAACUUGGAGUGCUCUUCAUUAACCCAUGCCGCAAGAUAUACAAGAGAUUCAACCGGUGGGAUUCCGAAGUAGCAAGUAAUUCCCACAAAAUUAGGCCUGAGGUUGUGGAAUGGAUUCAUGAUAACGUAUCUCCAACCAUACAGCUGCACGUAUUGUGACAUUGGGUCGUCCUCUAAGCUAUAGCUGUAAUUUAUGGAUGUGUAUAUCAUCUUCUUCUAAAAAACAAAAAAAACCACCUGUGAAAGCUUAUGUUCUAGUAUGACAAAGUUUGCCCAUUAUCCUAGAAAAGCGAUAGUUUAUCUUGGGGGAGUGGUAGUUAAUUAGAUGUGGAGUCGUUGUAGGGGAACAAGUUGUUAAUUAUCUUUCUGAAGAAGGAUAUAUCUGAUGAUACAUUAAGUGACACAUUUUGUUUAUGCCAACCUAUCUCCAAUGUUAUACAAAUAAAAAGGGUUAAUCACAU